AAAUCUGCCAUCAUCUCCUCGAUUUCGAUGACGAUAGAGCCGACGCAAUCAUCGCCGUCGUCGGAGCCGGAGGUUCAUUCUGGAGAGGACUUCGUUCACAUCGAUGACCCAAGGACUACCGGCGAUAUCUCGUUAAGCGACAGCAUAGUGAAUGUGGAUAAAGAUGAACUGCUCGACGAGGCGGCGGAGGAAGAAUUUAGAGGCUCCGAUUCUGUGUUUAGCGGCGGCGAUGGCGGUGGAGGAGAUGGUGAUGGCGGCGAGAGUUCAUCGGAGACGAUUAAAGUGGAGCUACCGGAGGAAUUGGCGAAAAGCGUUGUGAUUCUGACGUGCGAGUCCACAGCGGAUGGUGGAUCUUGCGAUGUGUACUUGGUUGGUACUGCUCAUGUAUCAAAGCAAUCCUGUCUUGAAGUUGAAGCAAUAAUCAGCAUCUUGAAACCAGAGGUUGUCUUCGUGGAGUUGUGUUCGAGCCGAUUGUCUGUUCUCAAACCUCAGACUUUGAAGAUUCCAACCAUGUCGGACAUGAUAGAAAGUUGGAAGCAGAAACAGAACACAUUUGGAAUACUUUAUGGAUGGUUUCUUGCAAAGAUCGCCAGUCAUCUUGAGGUUUUUCCUGGUGCUGAAUUUCGUGUGGCGUAUGAAGAGGCGAUUAAAUAUGGCGGCAAGGUGAUACUUGGUGAUCGUCCUGUACAGAUUACGUUAAAAAGAACAUGGGCCAAGAUGCCUCUAUGGCACAAGGUAAAGUUUUUAUACUCCAUACUCUUUCAAGCUGUCUUCUUGCCCAGCGCCGAGGAACUCGAGAAAAUGCUGAAAGAUAUGGACAAUGUGGAUAUGGUGACUUUGGUAAUUCAAGAAAUGAGCAAGGAAUUUCCAACUCUCAUGGAAACAAUUGUGCAUGAGCGAGACCAGUACAUGGCAUCCUCGUUACUGAGAGUUGCAAGUGAGCAUAGUUCUGUAGUGGCAGUUAUUGGAAAAGGGCAUAUUAAUGGAAUCAAGAAGAAUUGGAAGCAACCUAUAACGAUGAAUGAUCUAAUGGAGAUACCGAGCGACAAGUCAGUGUUUACGAUAAAGAGGAUAAUAUCAUCAGUGGCAAUUGCAGUUGCAGGGACAGCUAUAGUUUCGGGUAUACUUCUUGCAAGAAGAAGGUGAAAAAGAUUGUAAUUGGGGCAGAGUUUUUCUCUUCAUUCUCCUGAGCCAUACCAAGGAAUGAUACUACAAACUCAAAUAACUUUUACACUCGUUU